AGAGCUUAUAGUAAAGGCUAUACUGUAUUACAACGGCCUUCAAAGUGGGGACCCAUAGGACAGGCCAUUAGGAGGGGAACGACAGCUCCCAGACCUCUGUCUCCAACAACCAGUGCCUGUGAUUCCAUCUUAGAGAGUCUCGCAAACCAUUCCCAUCGCUGCGUCCAAAGAGCUCCUUAUUGUCAACGAUUACUCGUGCGUCCCAUCCAUACGACACUCGCGGCUAAUAUGUCUUCGCAGAAGUGGUAUCUCAACCAAACGGUCGAUGAGAGCGAUCCCGAACUCUUCAAACUGAUCCAGAAUGAGAAGAGGCGCCAGAAUCGGGGCCUCGAGAUGAUCGCUUCCGAGAACUUUACCAGCCUUUCGGUACUCCAAUGUCUGAGCAGUUGUCUCCAUAACAAGUACUCCGAAGGCUAUCCCGGACAGAGGUUUGUCACUCAUGUCAUGUCUAUAUCGUCUCUUUGUGUCAUUCAAUUGGAUACGCUGAGAGGACCGCGCGCUGGCGUUAUCUUCUAUCGCAAAGGCGUUAAAUCGGUUUCAAAGACCGGAGAGAAAGAGUUGUAUGACUUCGAGGAUAAGAUAAAUCAGGCGGUUUUCCCCGGCCUUCAGGGCGGCCCUCACGACAACACCAUCGCAGGCAUCGCCACAGCUAUGAAACAGGCGGCGACUCCUGAGUUCGCUGAAUACCAGAAACAAGUGAUAAAAAACGCCGCAACACUUGUGAAGGGCUUACAAUCUCGUGGCUAUACUUGUGUGACGGGCGGAACCGACAAUCACUUGGUUUGGGUCGAUCUAAGACCGAAGGGACUGAACGGCGCCAGAGCUGAACGAGUUUUGGAGGAGAUCUCAAUCGCGUGCAACAAAAACACAGUUCCCGGCGAUAAGUCUGCUCUAAACCCGGGAGGCAUCCGAUUGGGAACACCGGCUCUCACUACCAGAGGUCUGAACGAGAGUGACAUCGAAAAGGUGGUCGAUUACAUCGAUGAAGGCCUGAAAUUAGCUCAAGAAAUCAAAGCGGCGUCGCCGGGAGUUAUGCUCAAAGACUUCUUCGUGACCAUGAAUUCGGAGAAAUAUCACUCAAAAAUCGUGUCUUUGAGGGAAAAUAUCGAGUCAUUUGCCGAGAAGUUCCAAAUGCCUGGAUAUGAGGACUAUUAAAAAGCCCUCCAAAUCACUAUUGAAUGCAUUUAAGAGUUAAAUGUCUAGUUUUUAUACAUUUUAAUACCAAAUCUUUGAAAUAAAAUUGUAGUUUAAAUGCAUACAGAAUAUCAUCCAAAU